AUGGCUGAAGCUGGAGAAGGAGACGAGGAGAUCCAGUUCGUCCGGACUGAGGAUCAGGUGGUUCUUCAGUGCACAGCGACAAUCCUGAAGGAGCAGAUUAAACUCUGUCUCUCCUGUGAGGGAUUUGGAAAUCGUCUGUGCUUUCUAGAGACAACUUCUAAUGCUCAGAACGUCCCACCCGAUCUGGCGAUCUGCGUCUUCAUCCUGGAACAGUCUCUGUCUGUACGAGCUCUACAGGAGAUGCUCUCCCACACCAGUGAGGACGUGGAUUUGGAUAAAUGGUCCUCGCAGGGCGGAGGCCACCGGACACUCCUGUACGGACACGCCAUCCUGCUCAGACACACCCACUCCGGCAUGUACCUGAGCUGUCUGACCACGUCCCGCUCACUGACCGACAAGCUGGCCUUCGACGUCGGGCUGCAGGAGGACUCCACAGGUGAGGCGUGUUGGUGGACCAUCCAUCCGGCUUCUAAACAGAGAUCCGAGGGCGAGAAGGUCAGAGUGGGUGACGACCUCAUCCUGGUCAGCGUGUCCUCCGAAAGAUACCUGCACCUGUCCUACGCUAGCGGGGACCUGAUGGUCGACGCCUCCUUCAUGCAGACGCUGUGGAACAUGAACCCCGUCUCCAGCGGCUGUGAGUUAGUCGAAGGAUUCCUGACCGGCGGAUACGUGCUGCGUUUGUUCCACGGUCACAUGGACGAGUGUUUGGCCAUUCCUGCUGCUGACCAGGGGGACGAGCAGCGCAAACACGCCCAUUACGAGGGCGGGGCCGUGUGCAGCCACGCCCGUUCUCUGUGGAGACUUGAACCUCUCCGUAUCGGGUGGAGCGGCAGCCAUAUAAAAUGGGGAAUGCCGUUCAGGGUGCGGCACAUCACCACGGGGCGCUACCUGAACCUGGACGAGGAGAAAGGGCUGCUGGUGGUGGAUCCAGAGAAAGCAAACACCAAGAGCUCAGCGUUCUGCUUCAGAGCAUCAAAGGAGAAGACGGAGGUGGCUCAGAAGCGUGAGGUGGAGGGGAUGGGAGCUCCUGAGAUAAAGUACGGUGAGUCCAUGUGCUUCGUGCAGCACGUGGCGACGGGUCUGUGGCUCACCUACGCCUCCGUCGACGCCAAAUCCGCCCGACUCGGUCCGGUGAAGAGAAAGGCGAUUCUUCAUCUGGAGGGUCACAUGGACGACGCCCUGACCGUGGCUCGCUCUCAGACCGAAGAGUCUCAGGCUGCUCGAAUGAUCUACAGCACGGCGGGACUCUUCACCCAGUUCAUCAAGAGUCUGGACUCUCUGAGUGGGAAGAAUAAAAGUUCAGGUUCUCCUGGACCGGCGUCUCUGCCGCUGGACUCGGUGGUCCUGUCGCUGCAGGAUCUGAUCUUCUACUUCCGACCACCGGAGGACGAGCUGGAGCACGAGGAGAAACAGAGCAAGCUGAGAUCUCUCAAGAACAGACAGAACCUGUUCCAGGAGGAGGGUUUGAUCACUCUGGUGCUGGACUGCAUCGAUCGACUGAAUGUUUAUAACACAGCCGCUCAUUUCUCUGAAUUUGCUGGAGAGGAGGCAGCCGAGUCCUGGAAGGAGAUCGUUAACCUGCUCUACGAGCUGCUGGCGUCUCUGAUCAGAGGGAACAGAGCUAACUGCGCUCUCUUCUGCGAUAAUCUGGACUGGCUGGUCAGCAAACUGGACCGACUGGAGGCCUCGUCAGGUAUCUUAGAGGUGCUGUACUGCGUCCUGAUCGAGAGCCCCGAGGUGCUGAACAUCAUCCAGGAGAACCACAUCAAGUCCAUCAUCGCUCUCCUGGACAAACACGGUCGCAACCACAAGGUGCUGGACGUCCUCUGCUCUCUGUGUGUGUGUAACGGCGUGGCCGUGAGGUCCAACCAGAACCUCAUCACCGAGAACCUCCUGCCACGCCGUGACCUCCUGCUUCAGACCCAGAUCAUCAACUACGUCACCAGCAUGAGGCCGAACAUCUUCCUGGGAACCUGUGAGGGAUCCACUCAGUAUAAGAAAUGGUACUACGAGUUGAUCGUGGAUGGAGUGGAUCCCUUUUUGACGGCCCAGUCCGGUCACCUACGCGUGGGCUGGGCUCUGACCGAGGGGUACAGUCCUUACCCCGGGGGAGGUGAGGGCUGGGGCGGUAACGGUGUAGGAGAUGACCUCUACUCCUACGCCUUCGACGGUCUUCAUCUUUGGUCGGGGCGUGUCCCCCGUCAGGUGGCUUUGCCCAAUCAGCACAUUCUGGCGGCGGAGGACGUGGUGAGCUGCUGCCUGGACCUGAGUGUGCCCAGCAUCUCCUUCCGCGUCAAUGGGCAUCCGGUGCAGGGCAUGUUUGAGAACUUCAACCUGGACGGCCUGUUCUUCCCUGUCGUCAGCUUCUCUGCUGGAAUCAGGGUUCGGUUCCUCCUGGGCGGUCGCCACGGUGACUUUAAGUUCGUGCCCCCGCCGGGUUACGCGCCGUGCUAUGAGGCUGUUCUGCCCAAAGACCGCCUGCGCAUCGAGUUCAUCAAGGAGUACAAACAGGACAUGAACGGUGUGAGGAACCUGCUGGGUCCGACGCAGUGUCUGUCCCACACGGCCUUCACCCCCAAUCCGGUGGACACCGUGCAGAUCGUUCUUCCUCCACAUCUGGAGCGGAUCCGAGAGAAACUGGCCGAAAACAGUCACGAGCUCUGGGCUGUGACCCGCAUCGAACAGGGCUGGACGUACGGACUGUUCCGUGACGACAACAAGAAGCUGCAUCCGUGUCUGGUGGACUUCCAGAGCCUCCCAGAGCCUGAGAGGAACUACAACCUGGCCAUGUCUGGAGAAACACUUAAAACGUUGCUGGCGCUGGGUUGCCAUGUUGGUAUGGGAGAUGAGAAAGCUGAGGAGAACCUGAAGAGGAUUAAACUGCCCAAAACUUACACGCAGAGUAACGGAUACAAACCCGCCCCUCUGGACCUGAACCACGUCAAACUGACCCCCAACCAGAACACCCUGGUGGAGCGGCUGGCUGAGAACGGGCACAACGUGUGGGCCAGGGACCGGGUGCGCCAGGGCUGGACCUACAGCAUCGUCCAGGACAUCGUGAACAAGCGGAACCCUCGUCUGGUGCCCUACAACCUCCUGGAUGAGAAAACCAAGAAGACCAACCGAGACUCGGUGUGCGCGGCGGUCCGAACCCUGAUCGGCUACGGUUACAACAUCGAACCUCCGGACCAGGAGAGCAGUGGCCACGUCAGUAACGGGACGGGACAUAAGAUCCGAGUCUUCAGGGCUGAGAAGUCCUACGCCGUGACCCAGGGGAAAUGGUACUAUGAGUUCGAGGCGGUGACCGUCGGGGAGAUGAGGGUCGGCUGGGCGAGGCCGAGCGUCCACGCGGAUAAAGAGCUGGGCUCAGACGAGCUGGCGUACGUCUUCAACGGCUGCAAGGCGCAGCUCUGGCACGUGGGCAGCGAGCCGUUCGGGCGCCAGUGGCAGCCGGGCGACGUCGUGGGCUGCAUGAUCGAUCUGGCCGAGCAGAACAUCAUGUUCACGCUGAACGGAGAGAUGCUGAUCAGCGACUCCGGCUCCGAGAUGGCCUUCAAGGACGUCGACAUCGGAGAAGGUUUCAUCCCCGUCUGCAGCCUGGGUCUUUCUCAGGUGGGUCGGAUCAACCUGGGCCAGAACGUCAGCAGCCUGAAGUACUUCACCAUCUGCGGCCUGCAGGAGGGAUUCGAACCUUUUGCCAUCAACAUGAAGAGGGACAUCACCAUGUGGUUCAGCAAGAGCCUACCGCAGUUCAUCCCGGUUCCAGCCGAUCAUCCUCACGUUGAGGUGUGUCGCGUGGACGGCACGGUGGACAGCGCCCCCUGCCUGAAGAUGACCCACAGGACCUUCGGCUCCCAGAACGCCAACACGGACCUGCUCUUCCUCAGGCUCAGCAUGCCCAUCGAGUUCCACGAGACCUUCAAGGUGGAGGCCGGGGCGACGCCCCUGACCCGCGCCCUCACCAUCCCCGAGGACCAGGCCCUGGAGGUGGAUCCCAACUCGGAGUACGAGCUGCUGAAGAAGAGCGCCACCCGCAGGGAGCAGGAGGAGAAGGAGAAGGAGCCGUCCGUGCCCAAGGAGGUGCCGGGCGCCAAGGAGGCGGAGAACGAGAAAGACGUGACCACGGAAAAGAGCAAAAAGAAAGGGUUCUUCUCUAAAGCUAAGAAAGCAGCUUUCGUUGCUCCGCCACCGGUGGUGCCCGCCGUGCCUCGCCUGGUGGAGGACGUCGUCCCUGACGAUCGAGAUGAUCUGGACAUCAUUUCCAGCACAACUACAUAUUUUUACUCGGUGCGGGUGUUUGCCGGGCAGGAGCCCAGUGGAGUGUGGGCAGGCUGGGUCACUCCUGAUUACCACCAGUACGACCUCCAUUUCGAUAUCAGUAAAGUGAGAAACGUCACCGUUACUGUGGGUGAUGAUAAAGGCAACAUCCACCACAGUAUGAAGCGCAGUAACUGCUACAUGGUUUGGGGUGGAGAGUUUGGUGGAUCCCAGCAAACACGCAUCACACAGGAGGAUCUGGUGAUCGGCUGCCUCGUGGACCUCGAUACGGGUCUGAUGACCUUCACGGCUAACGGCAAGGAGGUGAACACCUUCUACCAGGUGGAGCCGAACACCAAACUCUUCCCGGCUGUGUUUUGUUUACCAUCCAGUCAGAACCUGCUGCAGGUGGAGCUCGGCAAGCUGAAGAACAUCAUGCCGAUCUCGGCCGCCAUGUUCCGGAGUGACAGGAGGAACCCGGUUCCACAGUGCCCCCCCCGGCUCGACGUGCAGAUGCUGACCCCGGUCAUCUGGAGCCGCAUGCCCAAUAAUUUUUUGGCUCCGGAGACGGGACGUGUCAGCGAGAGACUGGGCUGGGUGGUGCAGUGCACGGAUCCGCUCACCAUGAUGGCGCUGCACAUUCCUGAGGAGAACAGGUGUAUCGAUAUCCUGGAGCUGUCAGAGCGGAUGGACCUGCUGAAGUUCCACCACCACACCCUGAAGCUCUACAGCUCGGUGUGCGCCCUGGGGAACAACCGCGUGGCCCACGCCCUCUGCAGCCACGUGGACGAGUCUCAGCUCUUCUUCGCCAUCGAGAACUCCUACCUCCCCGGUCCCAUCCGCAGCGGCUACUACGACCUGCUCAUCUCCAUGCACCUGGAGUCGGCCAGGAGGAACCGUCUGAUGACCAACCGCGAGUUCAUCGUGCCCAUGACGGACGAGACGCGCUCCAUCACGCUCAGGGCUCACACCCUCCCCGCCGUGGGCCUCUCCACCUGCCUGCGACCCACGCUGCACUUCUCACACACCGGCUUCGUGGGUACCAACCCCGACCUGUACACGCUCAGCCCCAUGGUGCCACUGCAGAUUCUGAAGGACCACGCCCUGAGUAUGUUAACAGAGGCGGUGCAGGACGGAGGCCAGGCCAUGCGCGACCCUGUAGGGGGCAGCGUGGAGUUCCACUUCGUUCCCAUCCUGAAGCUCAUCAGCACCCUGCUCAUCAUGGGCGUGUUCGAGGACGAGGACGUUAAGCACAUCCUCAAACUGAUCGAACCCACCGUCUUCAGAGAGGACAAAGCUCCCGGCGAGGACACGGAGACGGGGGAGAAGAACGCCGAGAGGGAGCAGCGGGGGGUUCCUAAAGAACAAGGGGCCGAGCUGAAGGAGGAGGAGGAGCUGGAGGACCAAGAGAUGGACGACGAAGGGAUGGGAGAGGAGGACGAGGAUCUGGAGGAGGAAGAUCAGUUAGAGGAGGACGAGGAUACGGUCAGACACGCCGCAGCAGAGAAAGCGGAUGAAGAGAAGACGGGUGGCGGAGGGGCGGAGGGCGACCCUGGGGGCAAACCUACACCUGUGAGGGAGGAGCCUAAAGAGGAGGAGGACGUGGGGGAGGGGCUUCUGCACAUGAAACUACCUGAAUCUGUGAAACUGCAGAUGUGCACCCUGCUGCAGUACUUCUGCGACUGUGAACUGCGCCACCGUGUGGAGGCCAUCGUCGCUUUCUCUGAUAGGUUCGUCACUCUGGUUCAGACCAAUCAGAGGCAGCGCUAUAACGAGCUCAUGCAGGCGUUCACCAUGUCUGCUGCAGAGACCGCGCGAAAGACCAGGGAGUUCCGCUCACCGCCACAGGAACAGGUAAACAUGCUGAUGAACUUUAAGCACUGUAUAGACAACGAUGAGAUUCCGGUUCCUGAAGGAGUCCGAGCUGAACUUCAGACCUUCCACAACGACCUGCUGGCUCACUGCGGUGUGCACGUGGAGGAGGAGGAGGAGGAGGAGCAGGUGGACACGUCUCUGUGUGGGCGACUCCUCCGACUGCUGGAGAAGGUGAAGAAGCUGAGGAAGAGGAAGCAGGAGGCCGAGACGGAGCCAGAGGAGGAGAAGAAACCCAGUACUCUGCAGGAGCUGAUCUCCCACACCAUGAUCCACUGGGCUCAGGAGUCCUUCAUCCAGGACCCUGAGCUGGUGCGGCUCAUGUUCAGCCUCCUGCACCGGCAGUACGACGCCCUGGGGGAGUUGAUCCGCGCCCUCCCGAAAGCCUACACCAUCAACGCCGUGUCCAUGCAGGACACCAUGGAGCUGCUGGAGUGCCUGAGCCAGAUCCGCUCGCUCCUCAUCGUCCAGAUGGGUCCUGAGGAGGAGCGCCUCAUGAUCCAGAGCAUCGGAAACAUCAUGAGUAACAAGGUGUUCUACCAGCACCCCAACCUGAUGAGGGCACUGGGCAUGCACGAGACCGUCAUGGAGGUCAUGGUGAACGUUCUCGGAGGAGGAGACUCCAAGGAGAUCCGCUUCCCUCGCAUGGUGACCAACUGCUGCCGUUUCCUGUGUUACUUCUGCCGAAUCAGCCGGCAGAACCAGCGCUCCAUGUUUGACCACCUGAGUUACCUGCUGCAGAACAGCGGCAUCGGUUUGGGGAUGCGAGGUUCUACACCCCUGGAUGUGGCUGCGGCGUCCUGCAUCGAUAACAACGAGCUAGCGCUGGCUCUUCAGGAGCAGGACCUGGAGAAGGUGGUGAAGUACCUGGCUGGUUGUGGGCUGCAGAGUUGCCCCAUGCUGCUCUCUAAAGGUUAUCCUGAUAUUGGGUGGAACCCCUGUGGAGGAGAGAAAUACCUGGACUUCCUCCGGUUCGCUGUCUUCGUUAACGGAGAAAGCGUGGAGGAGAACGCCAACGUGGUGGUGCGUCUCCUCAUCAGGAGGCCCGAGUGUUUCGGGCCGGCGCUGAGAGGUGAGGGAGGAAACGGCCUGUUGGCUGCCAUCGAGGAGGCCAUCAAGAUCUCAGAGGAUCCAGCCAGAGACGGACCAACCGUCAAGAAGGACAGACGCUUCCCCAUGUUUGGAGGAGAGGAGCAGCAUGAAGAGAGCAGAGUUCACCUUGGAAACGCCAUCAUGUCCUUCUACGCUGCUCUCAUCGACCUGCUGGGACGCUGCGCUCCCGAAAUGCAUUUGAUCCAGGCUGGGAAAGGCGAGGCUCUGAGGAUCAGGGCUAUUCUCAGGUCUCUGGUCCCCAUCGAGGAUCUGGUUGGUGUGAUCAGCCUCCCCCUGCAGAUCCCAGCGUUAGGAAAAGAUAACAGCAUCAUCGAGCCCAAGAUGUCGGCCAGCUUUGUCCCGGACCACAAGGCCCCGAUGGUGCUGUUCCUGGACCGAGUGUACGGUAUAGAUAAUCAGGACUUCCUGUUACACGUGCUCGAGGUCGGAUUUCUGCCUGAUAUGCGAGCGGCCGCUUCUCUCGACACGGCGGCGUUCAGUACCACGGAGAUGGCGCUGGCUCUGAACCGUUACCUCUGCUCGGCCGUCCUGCCCCUCAUCACUAAAUGCGCCCCCCUGUUCGCCGGCAGCGAUCACCGCGCCAUCAUGAUCGACUCCAUGCUGCACACCAUCUACAGGCUGUCGCGGGGGCGCUCGCUCACCAAGGCUCAGCGGGACGUGAUCGAGGAGUGUCUCAUGUCCCUCUGCAGGUACCUGCGGCCCUCCAUGCUGCAGCAUCUGCUCAGGAGACUCGUGUUCGACGUGCCCAUCCUCAACGCCUACGCCAAGAUGCCACUCAAGCUGCUGACCAAUCACUACGAGCGAUGCUGGAAGUAUUACUGUCUGCCCAACGGCUGGGCAAAUUUCGGGGUAUCAUCAGAGGAGGAGCUUCAUCUGACCCGCAAACUAUUUUGGGGGAUUUUUGAAUCUCUGGCGCACAAGAAAUUUGAUGCGGAGCUCUUUAAGAUCGCCAUGCCCUGUAUCUGUGCCAUCGCCGGUGCCAUCCCCCCCGACUACGUGGACGCCAGUUACUCCUCCAAGACCGAGAAGAAAGCUUCAGUGGACGCCGAGGGAAACUUCGAUCCCAAACCUGUGGACACCACCAACACCAUCAUCCCUGAGAAGCUGGACGGCUUCAUCAACAGAUACGCCGAGUACACGCACGAUAAGUGGGCUUUUGAGAAGAUCCAGAAUAACUGGACGUUCGGUGAAGUUCUGGAUGAAAAUGCGAAGACUCACCCGAUGCUCCGGCCGUACAAAACCUUCUCAGAGAAGGAUAAGGAGAUUUACCGCUGGCCCAUUAAAGAGUCGGUGAAGGCCAUGAUCGCCUGGGAGUGGACGCUGGACAAGACCAGAGACGGAGACGAGGACCGGGGGGAGAAGAAAGCGGCUCGGAAGAUUUCUCAGACCGCGCAGGCCACGUAUGAUCCCAGUCACGGCUACAACCCUCAACCUAUAAAUAUAUCCGGCAUGACGCUGUCCAGAGAGCUGCAGUCCAUGGCGGAACAGUUGGCAGAAAAUUACCACAACACGUGGGGCCGCAAGAAGAAAAUGGAGCUGCAGGCCAAGGGUGGUGGUACUCACCCUCUCCUGGUCCCCUACGACACGCUGACGGCUAAAGAGAAAACUCGAGAUCGAGAGAAAGCUUACGAGCUGCUUAAGUUCCUCCAGCUCAACGGAUACGCCGUCACCAGAGGACUGAAGGACAUGGAAAGCGACAUUUCCUCCAUCGAGAAGCGUUUUGCGUACGGUUUCCUACAGAAGCUUCUGAAGUGGAUGGACAUCGCUCAGGAGUUCAUCGCUCAUCUGGAGGCGGUGGUCAGCAGCGGUCGUGUGGAGAAAUCACCUCAUGAACAGGAGAUCAAGUUCUUUGCGAAGAUUCUUUUACCGUUAAUAAAUCAGUAUUUUAAGAACCACUGCCUCUACUUCCUCUCCACACCCGCCAAGAUCCUGGGCAGCGGCGGCCACGCCUCCAACAAGGAGAAGGAGAUGAUCGCCAGUAUCUUCUGUAAGAUGGCGGCUCUGGUGAGACACCGAGUUUUUCUCUUCGGUACGGACGCUCCCGCCAUCGUCAACUGUCUCCACAUCCUCGCCCGCUCUCUGGAUGCCAGGACGGUGAUGAAGUCCGGACCCGAGAUCGUGAAGGCGGGGUUACGCUCGUUCUUCGAGAGCGCGGCCGACGACAUCGAGAAGAUGGUGGAGAACCUCAAACUGGGCAAAGUGUCCAAGGGGAACCAGCCGGUGAAGGGCGUGUCCCAGAACAUUAACUACACCACCGUGGCCCUGCUGCCCGUCCUCACCUCACUGUUCGAUCACAUCGCCCAGCACCAGUUUGGAGACGACGUCAUCCUGGAUGACCUGCAGAUGUCCUGCUACAGAAUCAUGUGCAGCAUCUACUCACUGGGCACCGUCAAAACUCCUCACGCUGAAAGACACCGUCCGGCUCUGGGAGAGUGUUUGGCACACUUGGCGGCGGCGAUGCCCGUGGCGUACCUGGAGCCUCACCUGAACGAGUACAACGCUUUCUCAGUCUACACCACCAAAACCCCCCGAGAGAGAGCCAUCCUCGGGCUGCCGAACGAGGUGCAGCAGUUGUGUUUGGACAUCCCGGAGCUGGACGUGUUGAUGAGAGAGAUCGGGCACCUGGCCGAGUCGGGCGCCCGCUACACCGAGAUGCCCCAUGUGAUCGAGAUCACGCUGCCCAUGCUGUGUAACUACCUGCCCCGCUGGUGGGAGAGGGGGGUGGAAAACUACCCCGAGCUGGAGGGUAAACUCUGCACGGACGUCACCUCGGAUCAACUCAACCAGCUCCUGGGCAGCAUCAUGAAGAUCGUCAUCAACAACCUGGGCAUCGACGAGGCGCCCUGGAUGAAGAGACUGGCAGUGUUCUCUCAGCCCAUCGUGAGCAGAGCGAAGCCUGAGAUGUUGAAGUCUCACUUCAUCCCCACCAUGGAGAAGCUGAAGAAGCGCACGGCGAAGGUGGUGGCCGAGGAGGAGCACCUGCGCAUGGAGGGGAAGAGCGAGGGCGACGAGGAGGAGGGCACCAUACGGGACGAGUUCGCCGUGCUGUGCAGGGACCUGUACGCCCUGUACCCGCUGCUCAUCCGCUACAUCGACAACAACAGGGCGAGGUGGCUGACCUGCCCCGACCCCGAUGCUGAGGAGCUGUUCCGCAUGGUGGGCGAGGUCUUCAUCUUCUGGUCCAAAUCACAUAACUUCAAGCGUGAGGAGCAAAACUUUGUGGUGCUGAACGAAAUCAACAACAUGUCCUUCCUCACCGCCGACAGCAAGAGCAAGAUGAGCAAGGGUGGAGGUUCGGAUGUGGAACGCACCAAGAAGAAGAGGAGGGGCGACCGUUACUCGGUGCAGACCUCGCUGAUCGUGGCCGCUCUGAAGAAGAUGCUUCCCAUCGGACUGAACAUGUGCUCGCCCGCCGACCAGGAGCUCAUCAACCUCGCCAAGAUCCGCUACUCUCUGAAAGACACGGAUGAGGAGGUGAGGGAGUUCCUGCAGAACAACCUGCAUCUCCAGGGGAAGGUGGAGAACCCGUCGAUGCGAUGGCAGAUGGCUCUGUAUAAGAUGAUGGCGGGGAAGGCCGAGGACGCCGACGCUCCUGAGAAAGUGGUGAAGCGAGUGCAGGAGGUUUCAGCCGUUCUGUAUCACCUGGAGGUGACCGAACAUCCGUUCAAAUCUAAGAAGAUGGUCUGGCACAAGCUGCUGUCCAAACAGAGGCGGCGGGCGGUGGUGGCCUGCUUCAGGAUGACCCCGCUCUACAACCUGCCCAGGCACCGCGCUUCCAACAUGUUCCUGGACGGGUACAAGCGGAACUGGCUCCGGACCGAGGGGCUCUCGUUCGAGGACAGAAUGAUCGACGAUUUAUCAAAAGCGCUGGAGGAAGAGGAGGAGGAAGAGGAGGAGAAGGAGUCGAAGCCCGAUCCUCUUCAUCAGCUCAUCCUUCACUUCAGCCGCACCGCUCUCACCGAGAAAAGUAAACUGGACGUGGAUUACCUGUACAUGGCGUACGCUGACAUCAUGGCAAUGAGUUGCCACAUUGAUGAGGAGGAUGAGGGUGGGGAUGAAGAUCAGGAGGGUGAUGAAGAGGAGAUGUCAUUUGAGGAGAAGGAGAUGGAGAAACAGCGGCUCCUGUACCAACAGUCUCGUCUCCAUAAUCGAGGUGCAGCUGAGAUGGUGCUGCAGAUGAUCAGCGCAUGUAAAGGUGAGACGGGCUGUAUGGUCUCUUCCACUCUGAAGCUGGGAAUCUCCAUCCUGAACGGAGGAAACAGUGACGUACAGCAGAAAAUGUUGGAUUAUCUGAAGGAUAAGAAGGAUGUUGGAUUCUUCCUGAGUUUACAGGCUCUCAUGCAGAUCUGCAGUGUGCUGGACCUGAAUGCGUUCGAGAGGCAGAAUAAAGCUGAAGGUUUGGGGAUGGUAUCAGAGGAGGGAACCAAUAUGAAGCUAGAACGGGGUGAGAAGGUGAUGGCUGAUGACGAGUUCACCUGUGACCUGUUCCGCUUCCUGCAGCUGCUCUGUGAGGGACACAACGGAGACUUCCAGAACUACCUGAGAACUCAGACAGGAAGCACCACCACCAUCAACAUCAUCAUCUGCACCGUGGAUUACCUGCUCCGCCUACAGGAAUCCAUCAGUGAUUUUUACUGGUAUUAUUCUGGUAAAGAGAUCAUCGACGAGCCGGGAAAGAGGAACUUCUCUAAAGCCAUGAGCGUCGCCAAGCAGAUUUUCAACACCCUCACAGAGUACAUACAGGGCCCGUGUACAGGUAACCAGCAGUCGUUGGCACACAGUCGUCUCUGGGACGCGGUGGUCGGGUUCCUUCAUGUUUUCGCUCAUAUGAUGAUGAAACUGGCGCAGGAUUCUAGUCAGAUCGGACUGCUGAAGGAACUGUUGGAUCUUCAGAAGGACAUGGUGGUCAUGCUGCUCUCUCUGCUCGAGGGUAACAUAGUGAACGGCACCAUCGCCCGUCAGAUGGUGGACAUGCUGGUGGAAUCUUCCAGUAACGUUGAGAUGAUCCUCAAGUUCUUUGACAUGUUCCUCAAACUGAAGGACAUCGUGGCGUCCGGGGCGUUCCGCGACUACGUAACCGAUCCCCGAGGACUCAUCUCCAAAAAGGACUUUCAGAAGUUCAUGGACAGUCAGAAGCAGUACACCGCCUCUGAGAUCCAGUUCCUCCUGUCCUGCUCGGAGGCCGACGAGAACGAGAUGAUCCACUACGUGGAGUUCGCCGAGCGCUUCCAGGAACCGGCCAAGGACAUCGGCUUCAACAUCGCCGUGCUCCUGACCAACCUCUCUGAGCACGUCCCGCACGACACCAGGCUCCAGAACUUCCUGGAGCAGGCCGAGAGCGUCCUGAACUACUUCAGACCGUUCCUGGGCCGGAUCGAGAUCAUGGGCGCCAGCAGGAAGAUCGAGAGGAUCUACUUUGAGAUCAGCGAGGUGAACAGGAAGCAGUGGGAGAUGCCUCAGGUCCGGGAGUCCAAGCGCCAGUUCAUAUUCGACGUGGUGAACGAAGGCGGUGAGGCGGAGAAGAUGGAGCUCUUCGUCAACUUCUGUGAGGACACCAUCUUUGAGAUGAACAUCGCCUCUCAGAUCUCCGAGCAGGACGAGGAGGAGAGGGAGGAGGACGACGAGGAGCCAGAGGAGGGAAACGAGGCGGGAGGAGGCGCAGCCGGAGCCGACGAGGAGGAGAACGGGAACAACAGCCAAUCAGAAUCCAGCUCUGCUUUUGCAGACUUCUUCCACAGCGUGCUCCACUUCAUGGGGAUGUUCACCUUCAGGAACCUACGCAGACAGUACCGGAGACUCCGCAAGAUGACGCUGAAGGAGAUGGUGGUGGGGAUCGUGAAGUUCCUCUGGACCAUGCUGAUGGGCGUGUUCCACUUCAUCUACAGCGUGUGUAAGGGCUUCUUCCUGCUCGUCUGGCACACCCUGUUUGGAGGAGGUCUGGUGGAGGGGGCAAAGAACGUGACCGUGAUGGAGCUCCUGGCCAGCAUGCCCGACCCCACCCAGGACGAGGUGCAUGGAGACCUUCCUGGAGAAGCGGGCGGUGGUGAGGAGCAGGAAACGGGAGGAGUGACCGACACCGCCGAGGCCGCCGGAGGAGAGGAGGAAUACGAGGACAGUGAUGAGCAGGACUCGGGGAAGAUCCCCGGCAUCGACACACCUGGAGGUCUGGGAGAUAUGGGAGACACCACGCCUGUGGAGCCACCGACUCCAGAAGGUUCUCCUUUAACCAAGAGGAAAAUGCAGCCAGAAGAGGGAGCAAGUGAGCAGACAGCAGCAGCAGCAGCUCCUGAGGAACCUCCACCAGAACCAGAGAAAGCAGACACUGAGAACAAAGAGAAAGCUGAAAAGGAAGCCGAGACGAAGCCAGAGGAGCCCGAGGAGAAACCAGAGAUCAAGAAGACCAGCCGCAAAGCCAAGAAAGAGAAGAAGAGCACUAAAGAUGGAGGGUUUGAGCUCUGGAACGAGCUGGACGUCCAGAGGAACAAAUUCAUGAACUAUCUCUCCCGGAACUUCUACAACCUGAGGUUCCUGUCUCUGUUCAUCGCCUUCGCUCUGAACUUCAUCCUGCUCUUCUACAAGGUCUCAGACUCUCCUCCCGGUGAUGAGGACUCUGAAGGUUCGGGGCUGUUUGAGGGUUCAGGACUGUUUGAAGGAUCUGGAGAGGAGAUGGAAGCUUCUGGACUGGAUGAUCUGGGAGGAGAUGAUGAUGAUGAUGAAGAUGGGCCGGUGUAUUAUUUUCUGGAGGAGAGUACAGGGUACAUGCAGCCCACGCUGUCCAUCCUGGCCAUCAUCCACACCAUCAUCUCCUUCAUCUGCAUCAUCGGAUACAAUUGCCUCAAGAUCCCCUUGGUGAUAUUUAAGAGGGAGAAGGAGUUGGCGAGGAAGUUGGAGUUUGAUGGUCUUUACAUCACUGACCAGCCAGAGGACGACGAUAUUAAAGGACAGUGGGACCGACUGGUGCUCAACACGCCCUCGUUCCCGAACAAUUACUGGGAUAAAUUUGUGAAGAGGAAGGUGCUGGAUAAAUACGGUGAUAUUUACGGUCGGGAGAGGAUCGCUGAGCUGUUAGGGAUGGACCUCGCCUCACUCGACGUCAGCAAACAACAGACUGAUAAAAAACCAGAAGCACCAGACAGCACAGUGCUCGCCUGGAUCUCGGCUGUUGAUCUGAAGUAUCAAAUCUGGAAGUUUGGAGUCGUGUUUACAGAUAAUACCUUCCUGUACCUGGUCUGGUACACUGUGAUGUCGCUGCUCGGUCACUACAAUAACUUCUUCUUUGCCUGCCACCUGCUGGACAUCGCCAUGGGCGUCAAAACCCUCCGUACCAUCCUGUCAUCCGUCACACACAACGGGAAACAGCUGAUGAUGACAGUAGGGCUCCUGGCAGUGGUUGUAUACCUCUACACCGUGGUCGCCUUUAAUUUCUUCCGUAAGUUUUAUAAUAAGAGUGAAGACGAGGACGAACCCGACAUGAAGUGUGACGACAUGAUGACGUGUUACCUGUUUCACAUGUACGUUGGCGUGAGGGCGGGCGGGGGUAUCGGUGAUGAGAUCGAGGAUCCGGCCGGUGAUGAGUACGAGCUGUACCGUGUUGUGUUUGACAUCACCUUCUUCUUCUUCGUCAUCGUCAUUCUGCUGGCCAUCAUCCAGGGUUUGAUCAUCGAUGCGUUCGGUGAGCUGAGGGACCAGCAGGAGCAGGUUAAGGAGGACAUGGAGACUAAAUGUUUCAUCUGUGGAAUCGGGAGCGAUUAUUUCGACACCACGCCCCACGGCUUUGAGACCCACACCCUGGACGAGCACAACCUGGCUAAUUACCUGUUCUUCCUGAUGUACCUGAUAAACAAGGAGGAGACGGAGCACACCGGCCAGGAGUCGUACGUGUGGAAGAUGUAUCAGGAGCGCAGCUGGGAUUUCUUUCCUGCUGGUGAUUGUUUCAGAAAGCAGUACGAGGAUCAGCUGGCCUAGAGAGAGCAGCAGACUAUCACCCGCACACACACUCACUCACCCACACACACACACACACACACACUCACACACACACUCACACACAACAGAUUUAAUCAUCUGCUCUUUAUUGUGGAUCUGAUGUUGAAUGAUUUAUUAUUUAUAUUUUUAUUAUUAGUCUCUAUUUAAUCACCAGGAUGAAGUAAAAACAAUAUAAACUAAAAUCUCUUGUUUAAUAAAGUAAAUAAUGUAAUGAUGAUGCUGUACACGUGCAUUUAUUACAGCUGCAGGAACGAUGUGGAGAUUUAUUUACAUAUAAUAAAUGAUUCUUCAGUAAUUGAGUGUAAAUGACUGAUAUUAAACAGAGUUUUGUUAUUAUAACAGAUUUAUUGCUGUUUUAUUAACGCUGAUAUUUAAUGUGGAUGUUUGUAGAUGUAAUAAUAGAGGGAGGCUGUAGAGUUUGUAGAGUCUGUACAAAUAUUUUUAUUGAAAUAUCCAUAAAAUAAAUGAAAUAUAUAAACUUCA